AUGGAGUGGCAGCAGUCGAUAGUCGAUAGCGGAACGAGGAGCGGAGGCAAGGUCGAGCCAGUCGAGCCUCCGCCGCCAACACCUCCCUCGGCCGCGACUUUGAGCAACACCUGCACCGAGCACGCAGCUGCGAAGGGCAGCGACGCGCGCACCGCCCUCUCAGCACCCAACUCGACUGCCGCGCUGCCAACCAAAAAGUUGUCGGUAGGAAGAGAGAGUCGCUCCCUCGGCAUCCUUCUCCUCUUCCAUCGUCUUACUAAACCCUUCGCAUCCAGCUUCGGCUCCUCUCACACAUCCGCUCGCAUCAUCGCUGCCCAUCAGUCGACCCGGAUUGGACGUGCUGAACACAUCGCACUUCGACCUUCGAGCAAGCCUCGCACCGCCCCCGCACUGCCUUCCUGGCAUCACAUAGUCCCGGCACGCUUCGGCGUCGAUACCAUCCUAGAUCCGAACGCUCAACUCGCCGUUUCGCCGUCUCGCCUUUUCGCCGACUCGCAAUCGCACCGCCUCGCUCGUCUUUAUACCGUUCCUUGUAUCGGCUCACUCGGCCUCGUUUACUCUAGAGUCGCGCAGCUCCCGCUUAUACCACUCGUCCCGCAACGUGCAUCCGCCAGCUUGCCCGUCGACGCCUACCGCUUCGACGCUGUACCACACGCAUUUCUCGGUAUACCUGUCUCGUCUCUGUCCAAACGUCUGCCUCGAGGCCCAAAUCAAGGUUUCGCUCCGACACCAUAA